UCCAGCCCUCGGCAGGGGGUACCGAGCGGCGGCAACCCCACGACGGACGACGGACGACGGACGGGUAGAUGAUGCUAAAUGUGGCUUGAGUGAUGCCGUCGUGUGGCUUUCAAGGUACGCAUCCUCCAGACGCUUGUUGUACAACUGUCCUGCAGUGCGAGACUAUCUCUUAUCAAAAAUCGCCUGUCCAUCAUGCAACCAUCGAUUUUGUAUUCGCUGCUGGCUUUCGCCUUGCCAGCAGUCGUCAGCGCCGCCUCGGACGACUCCAAGGGCAAGAAGGAGAACCACGUACCCUGUACCAUCCGCUCGCCAACCUCGGGCGCCUUCUUCGAUCUAAACCCAUUGCACGUCAUUCUACCCGACGACCCAAAGAAGGCGAGCAAAGACGCGCGAAACGAGUCCUGGUCCGCUCGCGGUUACGACUAUGGCGCAAACUUUACAAUCAACUUCUGUGGUCCCGUAGUCGAGAACCUGACCAACGUCCAAGGCGUAGAUGAGGCGAGAUGGCAGAACGUCAGCGCUUUCUACGAAUUGGACGGAAAGACCUUCAGCAUAGGCCAACAAAACGCGGAACCCGUCUUCCGCGGUCGCAAGCUCGUUUUGAAUUAUACCGAUGGCUCGCCAUGUCCUGAAGUUCCCACUUCAUCUCUCCUCUCACGCGGCAUAGUCGGCGACGAUGACGAUGACGACGACAAAGACGACAAGCACAAGGACAAGGACGAGGACGGCGAUGACAAGAAGAGCAGAAAGGGAGGCAGCAAAGAACCCUCGUCCAAGCUCGCCCGUCGCAAGAACACCAUCAUCUCUCUACUCUGCAGCACCGACCCUCUGGCUCCUCUCAACACUGUAUCCUUUGUCGCGUCACCAGACAGCUGCACCUACAUCUUCGAAGCCCGCUCUUCGGCAGCCUGCGGAGGUAUCGAGGUCGCCAAACAGCAACUCGGCCCCAGCGGUGUCUUUGGCGUCAUUGCCUUGAUCGCAGUAAUAGUAUAUGUUGUCGGUGGUUGCGUAUACCAGCGCACCGUCAUGCACCAGAGAGGAUGGAGACAACUGCCCAACUACUCGCUCUGGGCCGGCAUUGCGAGUUUCGUCUCGGACAUGUUCGUCAUUCUGUUCUCCUCAUGCGCUCGAUUCCUGCCCGGACGCAAGGGCUACAACAGAGUGGGCAACAACUUCAACAACGGCUCCAGCGCCGGAAGACGAGGCCGCUCGAAUUCCGACGACGAAAACAGACUGAUAGACCAAUUGGACGAGGAGUGGGAAGACUAGACUUUGCGUCCCUUUACUCGUUGACAUUCUUAUAGCACUUUACCCUCACCCCCUUUCCCUAGUAAUGCCUUGAGAGGCAUGUCUCAAAAAGGAACAUGAUAACGGCAUCUCAUAUCUUUUUUGGCGUUCUACUUCUAUUGGAUAGAAGGAAAUGCCUUUUUGAAUCACAAAAUUCACUUUAAUCUUCU